AGCAGUGGGAAUUUUCGAAUUCUGGAAGAGGAAAGCUCCAAUAAUCAUUCAAGCAAACUUCAAAAACAAGAGAACGACAUCUCUCUCUCUCUCUCUCUCUCCUACACAGAGCAUACCCAAUCAGCUCCAUCUUUCUCGUUAUCUCGAUUUAUUAUAAACCUCCCUACUUUUGUCAAUUCUAAUUUUUUUUCUUUGCUCAAUCGUUGUCGCAAGCAAAGCAUCUGCUCCCUCACCACGAUCGCUCUCAAAACGAAUAAAUUCUCCAUUUUGAACUUUGUAGCUUUGCUCAAGUGAUGGUUUUUCAGUCAUGGCGGCGCUAUUGAGCUUAAACAAGUUCCGGUGAAAAAUCUGCAGAAAAGGGGGGAUUCUGUUGUGUAAAGGUUUAUGGAUUUCUUCUCAUUUUUUUGCUGUGGUAGGGGUUCAGAUCGGAAAAACCAAGGGAAAAAGGAGACAGCAUGGAGGAUUUUUUCUCUGAAAGAAUUGCAAUUGGCUACAAACAAUUUCAACUAUGAUAACAAGCUUGGAGAAGGUGGAUUUGGCAGUGUUUAUUGGGGUCAGCUAUGGGAUGGUUCUCAAAUUGCUGUAAAAAGGUUAAAAUCAUGGAGUAACAAGGCAGAGGUUGAGUUUUCUGUUGAAGUCGAGAUACUUGCUCGUGUACAGCACAAAAAUUUGCUCACUUUACGCGGCUAUUGUGCUGAAGGGCAAGAGCGUCUGAUUGUCUAUGACUACAUGACCAAUCUGAGCUUACUGUCACAUCUUCACGGCCAACACUCUGCUGAAAGUCAUCUCGACUGGACAAGGCGGAUGAACAUUGCUCUCGGUGCUGCUGAGGGCAUCGUCUAUCUGCACCAUUAUGCUACCCCACACAUAAUCCACAGAGACAUCAAAGCCAGCAACGUGCUGCUAGAUUCCGACUUCAAAGCUCAAGUUGCUGAUUUCGGAUUUGCAAAGUUUAUACCCGAUGGCGCGACGCAUGUGACCACGAGGGUCAAGGGUACUCUUGGCUACCUUGCCCCAGAGUACGCGAUGUUAGGCAAGGCAUCCGAGAGCUGUGAUGUGUACAGUUUCGGCAUUCUCCUGCUCGAGCUUGCUAGUGGCAAGAAGCCACUAGAGAAGCUCAGUUCAACGAUGAAACGCCCGAUCACAGACUGGGCUCUGCCCUUGGCUUGCGAACGGAAGUUCAGCGAACUUGCAGACGCGAGGCUUGAUGGUAAGUACAACGAAGAGGAGCUGAAGAGGGUCGUCUUGGUCGGACUGAUCUGUGCGCAUAGUCAGCCGGAGAAGAGACCGACGAUGCUUGAGGUGGUGGAACUGCUCAAAGGAGACAAGGAGAAGUUUGCUGCGUUAGAGAGUGAUGAAAUGUUCAAGAGCCCUCCUGCUGCAGAUGACAGCUGUGAAUCUGUCUCAGAUGAGAAAGAACAGAAUCAAGAAAUCGAAAAUGUUUAAGGUUGGAGAUUGAGCAGUUAUCUAUGGCUUGUAAAAAUUAUUGUUUUUUUUUUCCUCUUUUCUUUUUUGUCCCAUUUGAUCGUUGAUUUUUGGUAUGAAACAGAAAUUUGUAAGUUGAAAGAAUCGAAACGAUGAUUGAGUUUGUUGUGCUUUCUUGGAUUGAUUAUUGAA